AUGCAAGCGGACGCUGCGCACAAAGUGAACUGCGGAAAAGGACCACAAGGCGAUAAAAGAUUAGAGACAAAACAGAAAAGGAGACGCAGAGGUAGUGAGCGCGCGCGUUGUUAUGAGGAAGAGGAGGUCAAUUGUUAUGUUGGUGAGAAGGGCACUACACGCAAAAAGUCGAGAAGAUUGCGGUGUCGUAGAACUGUUUGCAAGGGCCCAGGUUUGGUGAUGACAACAUUAGUACAUUAA